CACACACACACACACACACUGAAGCACAAUCUCUACGAGAACAGAAUCUAGCUGCAGAGGAACUUAGCACUCUGAGACCUUCUACCCCCACCUCCCCAGCUCUCUCUCUCCUCUUGUUCUUCCUUGACAGGAGGCGACUGGAGCUGACUGUCAUCUUUGUCCAGAGGUUAACUGCCACACUGUCUGCUUCUGCUCAUGGACACCCGGAGGAGCUUGCUGGUCCUGGUCUCUAUCCUGGUCUGCCUCCCUGCCGUCACUCCCAGCUUUGGUUGUUUGUGUGGACGAUUCGACUGGAGCCCCUGGUCACCAUGCACUAAGACCUGUAACUAUGGGACUCAGCAGCGUGAAAGAGCCAAACUGUAUCAGAGGAAACCAACAGAAAGUGAGAAUCUUUGGAUGCAUAAUUUAUAUCUUUGGUUUUGGUGCCACCGAGACUGUUACACCGUGGAGACAAGAUCAUGUAACGAGCAGAUGUGUCCCAUCAACUGUAAACUCGGAGAUUACGGGGGCUGGUCUGAGUGCUCCCCAUGCGCUAAACAAAAGUUUAAGAAACGGUCACUAGACACGCCAGCUCAGUUUGGAGGUGAAGACUGCGGUGACAACACUCCCUCAACAAGAAACUGCAACCCGUCAACAAAGUGCCGGAUAGAGCCCAUCGACUGUAAAGACAAGUUCAAGUGUACAAAUGGGCGCUGCAUUAGCUCUGUAUUACAGUGCAACACCCAGAACGACUGUGGGGACAGGUCAGACGAGGCUGACUGUGAUGAUCCAGUCACUCCAGUGUGUCGCAAGUCAGACUUACAACCGGCCUAUGGAGCUAAUCGUUUAGCAAACGGGUUUAACUUCCUGACGGGGGAGUCCAAGGCGGCGGUCCUGGAUAACAUGUUCAUGGGGAGUGAAUGCGUACUCAACCACACGGUUGGAACCGGCAACAGGGUCUUCUUCCGUGUCCCAGCCAACUUUAAGUCCUAUGAUCUCAAGGUGUCUGUACCUGAAGACUUUAAAAAGGAGCCCCAGCCAGUUGCCAGUCAGGUGGUCGACAUGGCAGAGUUCAUGAAGGAGUCAGUGGGUAAAACUGACUCCAGGGACGGCAACUUUAUGAUGUUCCCCAUCUUGUUCGUCGCAAGCAGUAAAAGCCGAUCUUCUAGGACGACAUCCUAUAAAGAAGCGAUUAGGUCCUCCAAAAAAACGGACUCCCAGCUAAUUCGUAUUCACCAGGUGUUGCCGAUCUCCAGGUUCGAGAUGAAGGACAAAGACCUGUUCCUCUCUCAGCCUUUCCUGGAGUUCCUGCAUCAGCUGCCUAUAGAUUAUAACUACGCCCUGUAUAGCGAGCUCUUCCAGCUCUAUGGCACUCACUACUACACUGCUGGUACCCUGGGAGGCCACUACGACUUGCUCUACAUGUACAACAGGGAGGAGAUCAAGCAGUCUGGUGAAUCGACAGAACAUGUUGCAGGAUGUCUGAAUGAAGAGUCCUACCUGAACGUCCUUAUUUUCUACUCAGAAAAAACGAACGUUCAAACAUGCUCAAACAAUCUCGUCAACGAAAAAUAUUCAGGUUCCUACAUUCGGGCGUCGGAGAAGUCGUUCUCCACGGUGCGUGGAGGCCGGUCAGAAGAGGCCGGGGCGCUGGCCUGGGAGAGAAAAGGAACUGCCGCUACGAGCGACACCUACAGCAACUGGGUGGGGUCCGUCAUAGACAACCCUGCUUUAGUCGACUACGAGCUGUCGCCCAUCAUCGACCUGGUCCGUGGCAUCCCCUGUGCCGUCACCAAGAGGAGGCAUCUACGCAGAGCUCUCCUGGAGUACCAGAGGGACUUUGACUCCUGCAUGUGUUCCCCCUGCCCCAACAACGCCCUGGCAGUCCUCCAGGGCACCGCUUGCAGCUGCGUCUGCAAAACGGGAACCUACGGGCCCAACUGUGAGACGCAGGCACCCGACUACAAACCAGUUGGAGUGGAUGGUUCCUGGAGCUGCUGGGGGCCGUGGAGUCCCUGUUUGUCCUUCAACAAGCGUCACCGGACCAGGCGCUGCAACAACCCUGCCCCCCUAGCCGGGGGGAAACCCUGCUCUGGAGACACCAAGCAGACAGAGGGGUGCUUCGUCUCCGUAUUCCCUGGAGAAGAUGUCUGCAUCAACGACGAAGACUUUAAUGAGGAAGGACAACAAGAAGGUUUGCCUCCAGGUGUGGAGGGCUGCGUUAGACCCAAGAGUCCUGACCGUAGCUUCCUCAGGAAAGAUAAGCGUUACUACCUGUAUGGCGAGGAGGAGGAGUUCCUCUGUUACAGGGGGUAUGAACUGGAGGGAUACCCUCUGAUUACCUGUCGCCCCGGCGGGGAAUGGACCCAACCCAAGGGAGAGUGCCUCAGAAAUCUGUGUGACCCUCCAGAGGUCUCGGAGGAGAUGACACUGUUCCCUCUCAAGGAAAUCUACAAAGAGGGCCAGGUUGUGGGCUUUAACUGCAAAAGCAGCGGUCUAAUUCCCUCAUUCUCAGGAGUGUCCACAUGUACGCUGAAUCGACCAGUGUUCACCUGGGACCCCCCCAUACCUUCGAAUAUUGUGUGCAAGGAUGAGAAUCCAUUUAUUCCCGAUUUUGAGUGUAAGAGGGGAGAGAAGAUGGAAGGAUCCAAAUGUGUGUGUGUGCCACGGGGAAGCUGCCUGCAAUACACACCAGAUCAUUGCGUUCUGAACACAGUGGUUGACAAGGCCUUGAUGUUAUCCGAGUGUGACCUCACCGCCGGCGUGUGUCAUGGCGACCCGCUCUUCUUGGUGAACGCCGGCCCGUGCCCCGACGAGGCGGGCCUGGCCUGGGCCCGGUUCAGAGCCAAUAUGUCCGCCAUCAGCGCCGUGAAGGAGGUCUGUGGAGUGGACACCUGCUACGAGUGGGAGAGCUGUGAAUCUAAGAAGUGUGUGUGUAAAGACUACAAGGAGUGUGGUAAAGACGAAGGCCGAAUGUUUUGUGUGAACCUGCUGAGGUUCAACCGCAAGAGGAGCAUGAAUCUGUGCGCCAUGGCUGCCACCAAGUGUGCCAAGACGGACAUGGAAGUAGUCAACGAGGGCCCGUGUGUGUAAAACAACACUAUGGUGAAGCUUGGGGAUAGAGCAUUGGACUGCAGAUCAAGAGGUCCCAGCUGCCAAUGACUCCCUGCUUCUGUUGGGUUAACACAUUACUCAGACAUUACAAAUAACCGUCUCCAAUCAAACGUGUUUAGAUAUCACAGGAACUGCUUAGAGUUUCUGUUGCAGAACAUGUCUAUUGUGUUUUGUAAUUUUAUUUGGUGUAUGUUUGACAGUGGCUUUCCUUUUUUUUAUGCAUGUAGCAAUAUGUGAU